AUGACGAAAUGGCAAAGUGAACGAGACCCUCGAGGCCAUCCGAACGCAACAUCUGCAUAUUCCAUACCUGAAUGGGUCGCGCGCUCGUGCAUCGCAGAUGACCGCGGCGACGAACUCCAUCCGUCAGAUUUCGACAUGCUGGGCCGCAUUGAGUGCUCUGUAUUCCCCUUCCCCGGAGACCUCGACCGCCCACCGUCCCCGUUACCGCCGCUUCGGAUGAUUCAAUGGGAAGUGAUGCAUUCGCCAGAGGAGGGCAGCUUCAGCGGGAGCAACAGCGGGUGCAGCAGCGGGAGCAACAGCGGGUGCAGCAGCGGGAGCUCUUCUCGUUCCGUCUCGCCCCCAACGUGUCAUUGUCGCCUGUGUCAAACAGUCGGCGACUCCGCGUGUUCCGCUGGGUGCAAUCCAGGUCCCGCCUUGAUUCCACCCUCCACUCGCUCAUUCGGCCCAAUUCGUCCCUCGGCACGUGCGCCGCCCAUUCUCGGCCCUCCGGCACUGGCGCCCGUGGCGAAUGCGACGUGUCCUCUUCCGCGCCCGUUGCAAGUGUUUACGUCGCCCCCACUCCCAGCAGUCGCAGCUCCGCAUGUCAUCGCGCCGCCGCCGCCACCACCGCCCCUGCUUCUGCCUCCUGCUGCCUUCACAACGAUGCCAGCAGUUGCGAGAACAACGGCGCCGGCGCCGCAGCAACAAGUGCCGCAGUACGCGCACUGGCAUUUUCUCACGCCAUCAGACGGCAGUCCAGCCCCGUUUCCAUUGGCUGGUCAUUGCGUCGACCUCCGGGCAGGCGCGGAAUAUUCGCCGUUACCAGAGCCAUGCUGUCCGACCAAUCCUGGAUUAGAGGUACCUCUUUGCGCCUCCGGUCCCUUUUCUUCCCCUUCUAUACACGGCCGGGGGAUGGGGCACGGCAUUGGGCACGAGGCGGCGCGUCCGGGAGCGGCGAAUGGAGCAGCGCACGGGGCCGCGCACGGGGCAGCGCACGGGACUGGCGUAUUUCACCCUCGAGCCGCAGGUUUACAGAAUCAAUACCCGGCGGCGCACUUCGCGAUGGCACCCGCGAACCUGAUAUGCGGGGCGGGGCAGGGCGGCGCGGCCAUGUACCUGCCUGCGCGGCUGGUGCACAUGUUCGGACUGCACGCUGACGCACACAACAACGUGCUCGUGACCCGCCCUAGCCCUGCUGCUGCUGCCGCCGCUGCUGCCGCUCCAGCAGCUGCUGGCGACGGUGGUGUUGCUGCUGUUACUGAUGGGACUCUGCAUGCUGGUGCUAAUAAAGCGAGACGUGCCUACGACGAGGGGCAUGGGUUGAUUGGGUCAGUGGAAGCACCAGGUGGAGGUGGGGGAGAGCGUGUGUGGAGGCCCAAUGGUGAAUUCUCCCCAUUUUUUCAUCCUGACACCACAUCACAUAACGCGCCUCGCGUUGCCCACUCUACUUUCGGCAGGCUCAGUCGGCGAGUCGUGGGCAGAGCAAGCGGAGCAGCGUCAGGCGCAGUCCUAGAAGGUAACAGCCGGGAUUCUCGUUGCAAAAGAGCGGGAGGAGGCGGAGAAGGAAAAGGAGAGGAAACUCGCGGCGCUAUAGCGACGCGAGCAGCAGCGUCAAGGCACGAGCGCACCGGCAGCCCUAUCCGCAUCCUCGUCCUCGUCUUCGUCUUCGUGAGCACACUAAGAGUUCUCGUGCGCGACAAAGCAAUGGUCGCCGCCGCCACCUGCUGCGCCCGUCCGCCGCCGCUGCUGCUGCUGCCCCUCCUUACCUCCGCCCUCCCCCCUACUAUUCCCCACACUACCCGCUGUCCUCUCGCGCACCCUCCCCUUCCCCUCGCCUCCUCCUCCUCCUCCUUCUCCUCCAUCCCCACACAACUCCGUCACUUUCCUCCCUACGCAUCCUCCUCCUCCGCGUCUCGUUCACUCCGCCUGUCCGCGGCAAUGAAUCCGAAUGCCAACCACCCGGGGUACCGCCAGCGCGUUCCCCCGGGGCCGGGGCAGGAGUCGGUGUGGGACUACCCGCGCCCGCCGCGCGUGGAGCGCGUGGGGAAGCGCGUGCAGGUGGAGGUGGGCGGCGUGAUGCUGGCGGACAGUGAGAACGCGUGGCGCGUGCUGGAGACGAGCCACCCACCCGUCUACUACAUCCCUCAGGAGGACAUUCAGAUGCAGUACGUGCAGAGGGAGGAGGCAGCGUCGUCCUUCUGCGAGUGGAAGGGCCCAGCCACAUACUGGACCGUCACCAUUCCCCAGGCAUCCAAGCACCUGCCGCGCUGUGCAUGGAGCUACGAGCGCCCCACGCCCCUCUUCCAGCCCAUAGCAUCGCACCUGGCCUUCUACUGUGCGCCCAUGGAUGCCUGCCGUGUGGGAGGCGAGAUCGCAGAACCACAGCCAGGGGUGUUCUAUGGCGGAUGGGUGACUAAGGAUAUUGUGGGGCCGUUCAAGGGCGGGCCUGGGUCGUGGGGGUGGUGA